AUGGUUCAAUUUUAUAGAUCUAAAUCUGCAUGGAAUAAUAGAGAUACAGAUAUUUUAGGACUUUCAGAUGACUUAUGCGAAUUUCCCGAUGAUACUAAAGAUAAUCGUAGAAUGGCUCAUAGAGCUAGUAGUUUAUCUGAUAUUUCAAAUGUUAUUAGUAGAGAUGAAAUUAUAACACACCAGUUAAAUGAUACCUUAGUUGUUAUAUCCGAACAAUCUUUAAAAGAUUUAAAGCAUAAAGUCGAUGAAUCUGAAACUCAGAAACAUUUAAUAGCUGCACUAAAAGAAAGAUUAAAGAGUGUAAACAAUGAAAAAGAAACACUUGAGAAGAAAUCAUUGGCUGAUAAAGAGAUCAUAUUAAAUAAUGAGAAUAAGAUAUCCACUUUAAAGGAAGAGUUAUCAAAUGCAAAUAAUAUGGUAAUAGAACUGAAAGAUUUAUUAGAAGUAUAUAAACAAAGGAUUAGUAAAUUAGAAGAAAAUCAUGAUUUUGAAAUAUGGACAGGAAGAGAGGCAGUAAAUACACGAGACGAUGAUUUAUGUAGUAAUCCAAGAUCUGAAGUAGUUACAUUACAAGAUGAAUUAAUGGCUGGAUUAUUUUCUUCAUCACAAUCUCUUGAAAUUCAUCCAAAAGAUAGUGAUUCUAUAUCUUUUAAUAAGCAUGUUUUGUUUAAUGAUACUCCAGAAAAACUUGGUGAUACACAAAAAAGUAUUUCUUUCAGUAAUAAUUCUGAAUGGCUAAUUCCUAUAGAAAUCCGUAGAUUAGUCCCUUUUAUAUGCAGGAUGCAAUUAUUUCAACAAUUUGUUAUUCAUGAAGAAGAUCAAAUGCUAAAAAAUGGAAUUUCUACUUACGAAAACCAUAAAUCUUGUGAAGAGGAAAUUUUUGAUAAUAUAAAUAUAGAAGAUAUGAAUAUAAUAAAGAAUAAUAAAAUAAAAUUAUAUAGUAACAAUAAUAAUACUGGUUUUUUAGGUCCAAUUGCUGCAAAGAUUCGUUUGAUUUUUAAUCCUCUCAAAUUUUGUAUUCAGGAUAUUUUAAACAAGAUUAGAUCUAACCAAGAAGAUUUUUCGUAUUCUCAAUCUUUGAGAAUAUUGUUAGAAUGUAUAAAUAAACAAAUUUUGGUUAUAUCAUCUUAUUCAUUAGCUCCAAAAUUCCAAGGUUCAUUAAGUGCUAGAACAAUAUCUAAAGGAACUUUACUUGAUCGUAAUGAAAUUUCUAUAACACCAAGAAGUGCUAAAUUAGCUCUAACAUCUGAUAAAAAAGAUGUUGAUUUGAAAAUAGGCAAUAUUGAAUAUAAAGAAUAUGGUUAUAUGAAAGAUAUUCAAAUAUCUUUUCUUAGGUUAAAAUUAUGGAUUGAGGAGGAAAUAGUGUAUGAGGAUGAAGUUUCAACUAUUGAACUGUCUAAAACUGAUCAUAUAUUUAAAUUAUUUAAUACAAUAACUAAUGAAAUUAAUAUACAAAAUUUGGGCUUAGAUAAAUCAAUUGAUAGUUAUCCAGUACUUCAAUAUGGAACUUUACAAUUUUUUUUUAUUUUAUAUAAAGAAUGGAAAAGACUAAUGGAACGGGAACAAUCUUUAUUGGGUGAAUUACAACAAAUGGUUAGAAUAUAUCAUCGAAUAAAAACAUUAAUAACAACUACUGAUCAUAGCAUAAAUAUGGAGGAAGAUAGACAAUCCUUAAUUUUUGCUCAAGAGAAUUCUUAUAUUAGUGAAAUUGAGAAAGAACUAACAAGGCUUGGGUUAGGUGUAAUUUCUGGAAGAGAGUUACUAACAUCAAAAUCAACAAAUAAUAAAAUUGAGAGCAAUAUUUCAGAUACAGAUAUAUCUAAAAAUUUAGUUAGUGUUAACAUAAAUAAUAAUGAUCAAUUUCUAAAGAGAGAACAAGUUAAUCAAUUAAUUGAGAGACUACAAAAAUUUCCAGAUCCAUAUACAGCUGAUAAGGAUGAUUUAAUUUCAAUUAGAGAGACAAUAAGACCUUUGAGUUCAUAUGGUCGCCGUGCUCCUGAGCCUUAUAUAGGUUUUUUUGCACUUCUCACAUUUAGAUUAGAUAUUGAUAUACAAAAUCAUGAUCGUGAGAUUCGGGCCUUUCAGAAGGUUAUAAAAAAUAUGGAAGAUCAAUGUGAUCGCCAACAAGAAGAAUUGGAAGAACUUCACGAAGAAUUAGAACAAUUAUAUGAUACAAUUGAGAAGUUCAGUUCUGAAAAUUCUGAUAGAGAUUGGAUUACAUUAUGUAAACAAGUUAAUUUAGGUCUUUCAAAUCAAUUAGACCCAUAG